AUGUCGGUCUGGAAUCCGGACAACAUCAAAGAUGUCGCUGAAUCGGUUGGCAUCGCGUCGCUCGGCGAUGACGUGGCCGAGGAUCUAGCUCGCGACGUCGAGUUCAGGAUAGGCCAGGUGCUGGAGGAAGCGCUGAAGUUCAUGCGCCAUUCUAAGCGGACCACUCUCAGCACGCAGGAUGUCUCCCAGGCAUUGCGUGCGCUGGACGUUGAACCGCUGUACGGCUACGAGUCGACACGCCCGCUGCGUUUUGGCGAGGCGUCCAUGGGCCCCGGCCAGCCGCUAUUCUACGUCGAGGACGAGGAAGUCGACUUCGAGAAGCUCAUCAACGCCCCGCUGCCCAAAGUGCCGCGCGAAAUCUCCUUUACAGCACACUGGCUCGCUCUCGAGGGCGUUCAGCCUGCCAUCGCCCAGAAUCCCACCUCGGCCGACUCGCGGCACCAAGACCUGCUGCCCAAGGGACCAGGCGCGAAUCCACACCUCGCUGCGGUCAAUGGCUACGACAAUGUGGCAAUCAAGCCUCUGGUCAAACACGUUAUCUCCAAGGAGCUGCAGCUGUAUUUUGACCGCAUCGUCAGCGCGCUCGGCGAUGCCGACAACGAAGAGUGGCGAGCGCAGGCAUUGGGCAGCCUGCGAACGGACCCCGGACUGCACCAGCUGGUGCCGUAUUUUGUGCAAUACAUAGCGGAGAAGGUGACACACAACAUGAAGGACCUGUUCAUCCUCACGCAGAUGAUGCACAUGACGUCGGCGCUGCUCACCAACCCCAGCCUGUACAUGGACGCCUACAUCACCGGGCUGGUGGCGCCGGUGCUGACAUGCCUGAUGGGCAAGCGGUUAGGCACGGGCGCCGAGGGAAACCCGCUGGCACACUUCGACCUGCGCGACCUUGCGGGCACCAUCAUCAUCGAGAUUGCAAAGCGCUAUGGCAACUCGUCGCAGACGCUGAAGAAGCGGCUGGCGGGCACACUGUGCAAGAACUUCCUGGACGAUAAGAAACCGUGCGGAACGCACUACGGCUCGAUCCUGGGACUGCAGGGCAUCAUGGGCCCGGACGGAGUCAAGUUCCUAAUCCUCCCGAACCUCAAGCUGUUUGACGCGGUGCUGAAGGAGCGGCUGGCGGAUGAGGCGACUAGGACCGAGGCGGACAUGGUAGUGGCGGUGAUCCUGCGCGGGCUGCAGUCGAUGGAGCGCGGGGCAGCGCCAUUGGCCAAUGGGGUGGCAUCGGACGAGGCAACAAAAGAAAAGCUGGUGGACAAGCUUGGGACGGUGGUGGGGACUAAGGUGCUGGAGCUGGGGCGCCCACGGCUGAUUGCUCAGAUUCUGGAGACGGACGUGUCGCUAUGA